GCUGCUGGCGUCCUCCAGCGGUGACUGGAACUGCUAGAACCCCUCAGAGCGCACCAGGGUUACAGUGGCUAGGGUGGGCUGUGACAACACAGGUGUUCUGUGCCAACACCCCCUAACCAGUGCCCAGAAAAAUGCGAGUCUAGAGGAUCUGCUUGUGCGGCUUGCACAGGCAGUACACGCCAUUUGAUCGUCAGCUGCGUACAUGGCAGCACCGCGGCCGCUGCCACGGUCCACCCUUCGCUUUCUAUCAUUUGUGGCCUUUAUGCAAAACAAAACUUAACCGUACGUCGGGAGCUCCAGUAGGACGCGUUUCCACAGCACCAUGUAUAUUGGGAAAAGGUGCGCCGUCGUCGGCUGCAGAAACUGUGACGGGGACAUCAAGGUUUGGAAAGAGUCUGUGUGCAAACUUCACCCGCCUUUGCUGCAUGAGGACUGCCCGUGCUUGAAACCAUUUUCUAUGCACUCGUUCCCGCAAGGGGAACGCAACAAGUCGAUCCGGCAGUGCUGGAUCCAGAACCUUCAGAGAAAGAACUUCGACCCCGGCACAACGUUUAGGGUGUGCUCAAUUCACUUCGUCGAUGGGCGUCCCACCGAAGACAACCCAUACCCAACACUACAUCUCGGAACACCGUAUGUCCGCCACAAGGGAAGACGAAAAAUCAAGAAACAUGUGACAGUGCCGGCAAAGCCAGAUGUCAGCGCAAGCCAGCCUAGCUCAUCUUCCACUGUCAACAACCCACAGAAGCCGGAUGAUGACCAAUCUGAAGUCAGCAGCAUGUUCCGUAAUAUUAGAACAUACCAGCGACCACGCAGAACAAAUGAUCAAGUCCUGGCAAACUGCCCAACAUGUGGCUGCGAACGUCAUGUCAUCAAAAAAGUAGACAAGUGUAUCCAAGUCCAGCUACAACCAAACCAGUACCAGCCUUACAUUGCAGGUCCAGAACAAUACUUGAAUUUGCAGCUUACUGUCGACAAUGCCAGCCAGAUUGUAGUGAAAACUGAGCCCUUGACUGAAAACUGAUCCCUUGCAGUGUAGUAAUACUGUUUUCUGUCUUGACUGGUGUAUGAUAAAAUGUGAUAAAGAAGAUAUGUAAUAAACAAUGUGUUUUUCUUUGUG